UUAGCAGUUUAUAUUUACUAAAAUAAUUGUAAUUGCAUUUCCAUGUUCUGUGUACUGUGGGAGACCAGAUAUAUUGAAUUCAGGGUCCUGGGAGACCAGAUAUAGUGAAUGCGGGGUCCUGGAAGACCAGAUAUAGUGAAUGCAGGGUCUGGGGAGACCAGAUAUAGUGAAUGCAGGGGUCCGGGGAGAUCAGAUAUAGUGAAUGUGGGGUCCUGGGAGACCAGAUAUAGUGAAUGCAGGGUCUGGGGAGACCAGAUAUAGUGAAUGUGGGGUCCGGGGAGACCAGAUAUAGUGAAUGCAGGGUCCGGGGAGAUCAGAUAUAGUGAAUGCAGGGUCCUG